AUGUCUACCUCUCAGGGAUUGAAUGUCGGUGAGGCAAAGCCUGAAGGAGAGGUCACCGCCUCGCCCCAGCCAGGAGAUGCUGAAGCCCCAGUUGCUUCGUUCGAGGAGUUUUCGGUCUCGAAUGGAUCUCCCAACGCCAAUCUCGCCAGGCUACCUGACGAAAUUGUUCUCUUCAUCAUAAAGCACUUGCGCAGGGCGAGCUUGAAGAGCCUGGCCCUGACGUGUGCUAACCUACGCCGUAUCGUGCUUCCUGAUUUCUACCGUAGUGGGAAGUACAAGACUUUUCGUUUGGCCUUGAGGUCGGGAGAUCUAGAGAUGGUAAAACAGUGCGCUGAGUAUGGCGCUGCCCCUGUUAACGGAGUCUGGAAGGUCGGGUUCCGAGAGGACGAUCGUGUCAAGGAGUGUGAGUGCAGCACCUUGUUCUCGCAUCUUGUCCACCGCCCGAUCCAUUUUCUGACUCUAGGCCUGGACAAUGACGAAACAACGGCAGAUCAGUGCUUGGAGGUACUUCAAUGGCUCGUCGACAACGACUCCGAUAUCACCGCUGGGUCCAUUGAUGACCGGGGCUGGAACACCAUAGAGGCCAAAGCCCAGAUCGAGUUCGUCAGGAGAAUGAAGCACAUGCCGUGCUCCUUCUUCCACAUCUUCAAGAUGUCUACAGAUAGGGAAAAGCUCGACGGUGUUGCCAAGAUUGUAUGUCACCUAUCAUCUGAGGGCUUCAACUUCCCGCGGUUGGUACGGGGCGUAGGGUCGACCCUCAGAAGUAAGGAGGAGUACACUGAGUUUACUCCUCUUAGCUACGACUCGCCUUUUCUCGUCACGAUGCUGAUGAGAUCGGCCUGUCCGCCCUCACUACUCGAGGCUGUCCUGAAGCAGCUUAAGCGUCAAGGCGUCAAACUGACUUGCCCUCGUGACAGUUGUCCACCCCAAUUCAAGUACGGUGAGCCCGUAGAUGACCACGACGGGGACUUUGACCCGGCGCCGACCAUUCUAACUCAGAUGUGGGAGUUGGUGGGCGAGCUGUACAAUGACCUCUUUGAUCCGCAGAGGUGGAAGCCGCUUUACAUCGGCGAGACCUCAGGCGGCUUAGACAUCGGGAGUGACGCCAAGGCCUGCUGGUACGAGCUCUCCAUGACCUUUGAAAGCUUCUUUGACGACGAUCAGCUCCUAGACUCUCAGUACCGACACCCAGAGGACAGGAUGCACAGGUUCGCCCUCUGGGUCAGCUGGGAUCCGCAGAAGCUCUGGGCCCAGAGCCUCAAGAAGGCUCCGUGCGGGAAACUUUUCAAGAACCGGCACCGUAUCGAUGGGCCGGUGAAUGUCAUGAGUGAUUGGCCGCAGGAGUGGCGCUGGGCAGACGCCGGUUGGCUAAUUGACAGAGAUCCCGACUGGUGUAAGAUCCCUUUGAAGGAGUGGUAA